AUGCCUCUUGCUACUUGCCGUCCUCGCACUCCAGACCUCUGCCCGAGAGCUCUUCAUUGUCAUAGGUCUAUAUACUCCAAGGCGAGAUAUUCUCUUUCGUAUGGUUGUGGUAAGAUUCUUCUGUCUCUGUUCCAGGGUGCUCAAUGGCUGCUGGUUCUCAUCCUUCUGCCCCUUCUGACUCGCCUAAUCGCUAAGCCGCGAGGCUGGGCUGACUGGGCACGAGAUCGUCGGUAUGUCAUCUCUUCCAUUUCAUUGACAUCCUUUGGUCUUCUGGUGAUAGGUUUUGCACCGGCUUUAGCAAUCGAGGCUAGUGGACUCAUCGUCGUCGCACUUGGCAGCUGCACGACUGGGCUGUUGAUGAGUUUGCUGGGCGGCGUGGUGCGACCCAAUGAGAUAAGUACUGUCUACAGUGCCGCACUCACGCUCAGCAUGGUAUCAAGGCGCGUGGUUGCUCCCGUUAUGAGUGCUCUGUUGGUGAAGGGCAUGGAGCUUGGUCGGGUAUGGAUGGGCCUACCGUUCGUGCUCAUGGCGGCGGUGAUGACUGCCGUUACUGCGGUGAGCGGGUUCAUCAGUCCAGGAAACGUUUAUCGCGAGCCCGUCGGUCAAGAGCAGGGCUUUGAGUACGAUCUAGUUAAUCAACGGAUAUGUAUACCAGGCGAGAUGAUAUUAGGAAUCAUGUAG